GCGGGGGAGGCAGCGAGGCCGGCGCCGCCGUGUUCCCGGGACUGCAGCCGCCGCGUCCCUGCGUGCGCUGCCCGCGAGUGAGGAGCGGCGGGCCCCGCGUCGCCGCCGGACGCGCCUCCGAGUCCUGAGCAGGGCGGGGGCCGGCGGCCCUCCGUCUCCUCCGCCGACCGAAGAUGAGCUUCCUCUUUAGCAGCCGUUCUUCUAAAACAUUCAAACCAAAGAAGAAUAUCCCAGAAGGGUCCCAUCAGUAUGAGCUCCUGAAGCAUGCGGAAGCGACUCUAGGAAGUGGGAAUCUGAGACAAGCCGUUAUGUUGCCAGAGGGAGAGGACCUCAACGAGUGGAUUGCUGUUAACACUGUGGACUUCUUCAACCAGAUCAACAUGUUAUAUGGAACUAUUACAGAAUUCUGCACUGAAGCAAGCUGUCCAGUCAUGUCUGCUGGGCCAAGAUAUGAAUAUCACUGGGCAGAUGGUACUAAUAUUAAAAAGCCAAUCAAAUGUUCUGCACCAAAGUACAUUGACUAUUUGAUGACUUGGGUUCAGGAUCAGCUUGAUGAUGAAACUCUUUUUCCUUCUAAGAUUGGUGUCCCGUUUCCCAAAAAUUUUAUGUCCGUGGCAAAGACCAUCCUGAAGCGCCUGUUCAGGGUGUACGCCCAUAUUUAUCACCAGCACUUUGAUUCCGUGAUGCAGCUCCAAGAGGAGGCCCAUCUCAACACCUCCUUCAAGCACUUUAUUUUCUUUGUUCAGGAGUUUAACUUGAUUGAUAGGCGUGAGUUGGCACCUCUUCAGGAAUUAAUUGAGAAGCUUGGAUCAAAAGACAGAUAAACGGUUCUUACAAACCACAACUACCUUCUUGCUUCAUCUACUGCUAGAGCUGUCUCCGUGCUAUCUGUUAUAGACUAGUGAUACAAACUUUGAGAGAACAGGAUAAGAAGUUUCUUGUUAUCUGUAUCUCUACAGAUAAAAUUGUCCCAAAGGCAGGUUUGCCUUCUAGCUUCAGAGUGCUACCCUAAGGACACAGCGAAAUCUGAGGUACCAUUUGAUGACCUUUAUGUUCCUGUCACAGAGUCAUAUUUGAUUGUAAUUUGUGGUGACUGACCUGUAGUUUAUUGGUUUACUUACUACGUCAUUCAGGAAAAUGAUUGAGUCUUAUUUCAGGUGAUAGCAUAGUAGAUAUCAGUAAUUUAUUAGUAAACUUCCAAAACAAAUUUCUGAUAGCUCAAUCAGAUUGAUUUUAACAUGCUUUUAGUUUUUUUAAUAGAUAUUUUUUAAGUUUUUUUUUUUUAAUCUAGAACAUUUGCAUCACUUUCAAUAAUCCUUUAGUUUCAAGUGUACUAGUAUUUUUGUAGAUAAGGCUAUAUAUGUGUAUUUCAAAAUCCAUGAUUGCGGUUUAAAUCAUCAUGGCAAAUAUGAAAUGAGAGUAAUCAGAAUUAUUUUAAAGUGACUUUAUUUUUAAAUUUUUAUUUGGGAUUUUAUUCAUAUCUCUGUAAAUUAUUACUAGUGUGUUUCAGUUUUUUUACUGCUUCUAAUGGUAGCCCUGGAGGUUUUAUUUUGAAAUGCUUCACUCAGAUUAAUGUGUAGCUUUUGUCUGAGAAAAAGAACUUCCAGAAAAUUAUGGCAAGCUUAGAUGUCUCAAAGCUAUGAUUUUCAUUCACAGUUUUUAGAAACCUUGUAAUUCUAGGUAAGAGAAUAGACAUACUCAGUGCUUGAUGGCCUUGUUUCCUUUUUUUUUUCUUUAUUUUUUGUUUUUAUUGUGACAGCUAAGAAUGGUGCAGAAAUGCACGAACUUUAUCCCGAUAAGAUUUAAGGAAAGCCACAAUCAAAAACUUUGAAAAUGUGCACAUUUUAUAAGAGCUAGUGUGCAACUUUGUGUGUGGUGUGUGUGUGUGUGUGUGAGAGAGCUCUGAAGGAAACAAGAUGGGAGGAAUAGCUAAAAGAAAAAUCACAUUGAGUCUUGUUAGUAUUCACAGGUGGAUUGAGCCUCCAUAGGGGGUUUAUUUAAUUUCAAUGGCUUUUGAACUCAAAAUUCUUAGUUUUUAUUGGAUAAAGGGAUCUUCCCUUUUAGUGAAGAAAACCUUUCUUUCCCGUUGGUUCCCAAGAUUCAGUCAUCUGUAGCUGACCACUUAACAUACAAUAGGGAGUAGGGAGACUACUAGAAGGCCGCCCGGCCCACAGAACUUCCCAGACACACGCUGUGUGUCCAAGUUGUGUUUCUUCCCUUGUGUGUUUGAUAAGGGGUGGAUUUAAGUGUUUAUUAUUUACAAGAAUAUAAAGGAUUGCUUAGAAAUAUCCCUUCUUAUAAUUGGGUUUUAAUGAAUUCUGAAAUACAUAUUUUUUCAUUCUUCUGAUUAAGCUGGAGCGAUACAGUGUUUGAGAAGUUAAAUAGUAGGGUAGUCACUUAAGGAUAAAAAGAGCAAAAUCCCCGUGAAGCAUUGAGGCUUACUGGCAGCCCAAGAGCUCGGCCAGUCAGCUGGUGCUCACCACUGGCAGGCAUGGAAGCCGGUGUCUAGGAUGCAACUGCUAGCAAUUGUAAACUGUGGCUUGUGUUUGCUUAUGUCUGCAAGGAAUGUGUGACGGUGUUUCCUACCUGGAGUUGUGCUUUCAUUUCUGUAUCUGCAAACGAAAGUGUUCUCACUUCUCUGCAUUUGACUUUCAGUGAUAACUGUCCUCCCACUGGUCUUGACUAACCCCAAAGAGCCCAAGUUGGUCCUCCUCGUUCUGGGAGAGCAACAAAGAUGACUUAUUAAUGAGACAGAAGUCAAAACUUCGUGGUAAUUGGAGAUUCAGAAUAUGCUUUUUUCCCCUAGUAGAAGCAUUUCAGAUUCCUAAAGCCAGUGUGGCCUAACCAGCAGUGCAACUGUUACUGUUUACAUUAUUUGUUUACUUCCAAGGCCAGGGAGUGUGGAGCAGGAGGAGGACUGGAAGAACAGGAGUGGGUGGGACCGUCCUAACUUGGCGAGAGGACUAACCUUUGGUAAGAGGCUGAAGAACAGUCUCUGCCUUGUGCUGGGCCUCCCACACCCAGGCUCUGUCUGUUGCACAGCGCACACUGUCCUGCCCCCUCCCCUCCUCAGUCAUCUCCUCUGAGUGUCUGAUCUCCACUCCUCAGUGUGAUUACAAUCACGGGGUAGAGAGGACCAGGUAAAUGAUGCAGCUAAUCCUAUGGUGCUUUAUUCUCCAGGUCUUUUUAAGAAACUUGGCUAGUGAUUUUUGUUUGGACAUCCAACUUCCCUUCUACUCUGGUGACUGUAGUGAUGGCCCUGUGUAUCCUUUCUGCGUGAGAUUGUGAAAAAGUGACUUACAGGGCUGCCAGCUACCAAGGCAUUUUUUUGUAGCUGCUUACUUGAGAAAUGCAAAUCUGUAUUCUGUGUGGCUUGGAUAGCAAAGAUAGUUUUGCUUCUAGGAUAAAAGCCGGAGGAGCGGUUCUGGUGGUGAUGGUAACUUUUGCAAGCAUUGUUGAGUUUUCUGAUUUCACUGCUGACCUUCUCUCUGAACAGUGUGAUUCUCCCACGAGGAGAGAAGUGCAGGAUCAUUGCCUCAGAAACAAAAGCAAGGCAAACCCGCAGAAUGUUAGGUCACCCAUGCCCUGUCUUGGCAGGGCCCUGCCACCUGUCAGUGAGGCCCCUGGCUUGAGAAACGCUAGUGCCAAAACACCUUCGAUGGGCACACGAAUCCUCCUGAUACCAGUUCAGUAAGUGGAUUUAUUUUUUGUUGUGUAACUCGGAUAAAAGCGGAAAAUAAUCAUUUCAUCUUCUUUGCAUCUGAUUUUGAUAUUUUAAGCUGCAAAAGACUUUGGGGAGUGAUAUUACAUGUGGUAAUGGUGAUUUUAUUGAACCAACUGCAUUGAAGUUUACUUGGACAUUUUUUCAUUAUCAGAUUCUAUUCCAAACAAGUGUUCGGUAAAUCCAAAUGGAUCACCAGUGUACUCUAGACUCAGUACAAAGCAACACUCUGCAUUUAGUGUACAUUGGAAAUAGUUCACAUAAUUUAGUCUUGGUUACCAUUUAGAAUAUUUUUAAAUGUUCUUACAUAAAAAUUUAUGUUGUAUUUUUAAACUGUUAGGGGCUUUAUCUAUUUUUCUAAGUCAGUUAACUGUACUUUUUGAAAAAGUAUUUUGUAUCUACUUUUGUAACUGCAUCAGAAUAAAAUAUAUUGAAGCAAAAAAA